AUGUCUCCAAGCAACGACAACAGCCGACAUGGCCACCACACCAAUGGCGAAUCGUCGCCGUUGUUACCAUCGACGCAGCGGAACGCACCCCAUACCUUCGCGGAUGGCAUCGCUCACGAAGGCGAAAGUGGACGUCACGGUUUCCAUCCACAGCAGUUUGUGUCGAUUGUCGCUCGCUCCUCCAGUCGUGUCUCGUCAGCCGUUAAUCUGCUCUGGCCGUUUGUCGUGGUAGCCAUAGUCCUCAACUUCGCCACAGAUGCACAUUUAUGGAUCUUUGCUACUUCCUACCUGGCUAUGAUACCUGCUGCCAACCUGUUGGGCUUUGCUGGCCAAGAGUUUGCACGCAAAAUGCCCAAAGUGGCCGGAAUCCUGAUUGAAACCACAUUCGGAUCAGUCGUGGAAAUCGUCCUCUUCGUCGUGUUGAUCAUCAAGCACGAACCGGAAGGAGGAGAAGGCGAGGGCAACGGCGACGAAGGGAACCUCAUACCGAUCAUUCAAGCUGCGAUUCUGGGCUCGAUCCUCACAAACUUACUGCUAUGCUUGGGGUUGUGCUUCGUUGCCGCUGGCGUUCGCAAACAUACCCAGAACCAGAAGUUCCACGCUGUGGUAUCCGAAGUUGGCAGUGGCCUACUCCUUGUUGCUGCCUUCGGACUGCUGAUACCAUCUGCCUUCUACUCUGCUCUCAAGACAGAGACUGUAUCGGCACUUCAUGAGCACUUCACCAAGGAUCGGCUCGACAAUGAUAUUGUGCGAAUCAGUCAAGCCACUUCCGUAAUACUGAUUAUCGCAUAUGGGCUUUACCUGCUAUAUAGCUGCACAUCUGCGCAUUCCCUCUUCGACGAGGUCAUCGAACAGGAUGAGCAUCAAGAUGCUGACCAUCACGAGGACAUGUUGAAGCCAAAGUUGACGAUGACGGAAGCACUGGUCGCUAUCGCUGUCGCAAUAGUCUUCGUCGUCCUACUCCUCAUCAUUCUCGUUGGGCAAAUCGAACCUGUCGUGGAGGCUGGCGUGCCUGAUCAAUUCCUUGGCCUCAUCUUGCUUCCUCUUGUCGAAAAGGCAGCUGAGCACCUUACAUCGAUCGACGAAGCAUGGGAUGGUGUCAUCAACGUGGCUCUAUACCAUUGCAUUGGCCCGUCCAUACAGACUGCACUCUUUAAUGCACCUCUAGUCGUUCUGGUGGGCUGGGCACUCGGCAAGCCAAUGGAUCUCAACUUCGAGAUCUUCAUGAUCGCUCUGCUUGUUCUCUCCAUUCUGGUCGUGGGAAACUUCUUGCGUGAUCAAGAAAGCAAUUGGCUCGAAGGUAGCUUGCUAGUGGUCGUCUAUGUGAUCAUCGCGAUCGCGAGCUUCUAUUAUCCCAACCCGGACGUGGCGACCUCGAAUGGACUGCAAGGCGUGGCUCGUCAGAACAUCACAAUUCCUCUAGAUCUUUACAAGCAGUUGCUGGCCUUGCCAGUGGGACACGAGGAAUUGUGA